AAAUGCCGGCAUGGGCUCACACGAUUGUGAACUGAUGUCACAGAGUCUUUAGUUCUAGUCUGUAUCACAAAAAAGCGCAUUGCAUUCUUUGAUAAAUGACCAGAGUGGUGGCAGGAACUUAAGAAUGUACUCCCUACGAACCGGCCCUGUGCAAGUUCCCUGAAUUGUGCUCUACCUCCACGUGUGCUUUGAUUCCAUGUACAGUAGCUUGUAGACAUUUGCCGCAGCUUAUAAGUGACUGCUAACCAAUAAAUUGCCAUUCCAGCCAAAUUCACUGAAUUUGUGUAAGACAAAUUGUAUACAUUAACAUCGUGUCACGCAAAGAGGAUUUCCAGUGGGGGCGGGGGGGGGGGGGUGAAGGAAUGUUUUUAAUGUUUAACCUUUCUUUACAAAUGCAAACACUGCACUUUAAAGGGUAUAAUGCCUUUUUUUAAAUGACCUAUGGUUUGGAUCGGUUAUUGAUCUUCGUUUUUUGUGUGCAUUGUCUAUAUUACCAACUUUAGACUCUCAGUUUCAUUCUCAUCGUGUAUAUAAAUAUCGCACCUCUCUGUCUCUUUGAGGCAUUUAAAAGAGCACCGAAUGAUUUUGUUUUUUUCAAAAGCACUUACAGGUGCAUUUGAGACUGUCAAUUAUUUGUGCCGGUGAGAUGUUUCCUAUGCAAAAUGCUUUUACUGAAAUAAACGUGGGUACGAGAACAGCUUUCAGAAAAAUGCCUGAAAGGACAACAAAUGGAUGAGAGUGAUAGAGCUACGCCGGUGUGUACAACAACAGAUGCGUUGGAAUGAAGAUUUUUCACAUUGUGAAUUCAGUGCAUUAAAGGAACAAGGAGAUGGGGGAAGGGGUCAUGUUUCUUCCCUUGACACUAUCGUUUCACCGUGUCUUUGUAGUCCAUGUGCCGGUCCAACCGCAAUAAUGUGAGUGGAUACUUUUUGGCCGGAAAGGACAUUGUUUGGUGGCCGGUCGGGGCGUCGCUCUUCGCCAGCAACAUCGGCAGCGGCAGCUUCAUCGGCCUGGCCGGCACAGGAGCAGCAUCUGGCAUCGCAGUGGCCGCAUAUGAGCUAAGCGGUCUCUUCACGCUGAUAUUGUUGGCUUGGAUAUUCGUUCCUGUGUACAUCACAUCUGGGGUGGUUACGACUCCUGAGUACCUGCAGAAGAGACAUGGAGGCAAGAGGCUGCGGGUUUACCUCUCCUUCCUGAACCUCAUCCUCUGCAUCUUCACCAAGAUCUCCUCUGAUAUGUAUGCAGGGGCUAUUUUCAUUCAACUUACACUGGGCUGGGACCUCUACACAUCUAUUAUUUUGCUGCUGGGUGUCACCGCUAUCUACACAAUCACAGGGGGACUGAAGGCUGUGAUCUACACAGACACCUUCCAGCUGGUCAUCAUGCUCGUGGGCAGCUUUGUCCUCAUGAUCCUCAGUUUCAUGAAGGUGGGCGGCUUUGAGGAGCUGCAGCUCCGCUACUCUAGGGCCAUGCCAAACGUCACGCUCGCAGGGAACACGACCUGUGGAACCCCGCGGUCCGACGCCUUCCACAUCUUCCGCGACGCCACCCACGGAGACUAUCCCUGGCCUGGUGUAGUGUUGGGCAUCCCUAUCCUCUCUGCCUGGUACUUCUGCACUGACCAGGUUCUGGUGCAGAGGUCAAUUUCAGCCAAGAACCUCACGCAUGCUAAAGGCGGGUCGGUGCUGGCGGCCUACUGCAAGAUCCUGCCUCUCUUCCUCCUCAUCUUACCAGGAAUGAUCAGCCGUGUGCUUUUCACAGAGGAGGUGGCGUGCGCGACGCGGGAGACCUGCCAGGAGGCCUGUGGGAACCCUGCCGGCUGCACCAACAUUGCCUAUCCCAAACUGGUGGUGGAGCUCAUGCCUCCAGGGCUGAAGGGUGUCAUGCUCGCGGCUAUGAUGGCUGCCUUAAUGAGCUCGCUGACGUCCGUCUUCAACAGCAGCAGCACCAUCUUCACCAUGGACUUGUGGGCUCGCCUACGGCCACGCGCGAGCGAGCAAGAGCUCAUGAUUGUCGGCAGGGUCUUUGUGUUGGUCUUGGUGGGGCUGAGCAUCGCGUGGAUCCCCGUGCUGCAAGCCUCACAGAGCGGGCAGCUUUUUGACUACAUCCAGUCUGUGACAGGAUACUUCGCUCCACCCAUCCUCAUGGUCUACCUGCUCUCCAUCUUCUGGGAGGGAUUCAAUGAGCAGGGCGCCUUCUGGGGUCUCAUGGCUGGCUUUCUGACGGGCGUCAUCCGCAUGGGGCUUGACUUUGGCUACGGAACACCGGCGUGUGGCGACCCAGAUCCGCGGCCUCCUGUGCUGGCUCGCGUGCACUUCCUGCACUUCACGGUGCUGCUCUUCGUCCUCGUGGGCGCCGUGAUGGUGGCCGUGUCGCUUGUCACCCGGCGAUCGGUUGGAACGAAGAGGGACUUGGCUGGUCUGACAUGGUGGAGCCGAUGGAAGGUAGGUGCAGGCACCUCUACGGAUGCGUCUGGAAAGGACUCUCCCGGCCGUAUGGAUGGCGAUGACAACCCCACAUUCCCGAUGGAUGUGAGUGGCUCGGCAGCUCACCUACCGGAUAACGGCAAAGACUGGGAGACCCUCGGAGAGCAGGAGCUCGACCUGAGCAUCCACUCAGAUGCCGACACCGACAAAGGGAAGCAGAGCCGACCAGGAGUGGCCAGGUGGCUUCUGCACGCUGGCGCGUGGUUCUGUGGCCUCUCGGGGUCGUCGACGGCCCCGUCCAGCGGAGGGGAUGCCCCCAGAGCUGUCGUCGGACCCGAGUCCAUCAGCGAGACACGGACGUGGCGACGCGUGGCCGACACGAAUGCGCUGCUCAUCGCGGUGCUCGGAAUCUUCGUUUGGGGCUUCUUUGCAUGACGGGCAGCAAGGAGCAGAGAGGGGGCUGAUAUGGGGGCUAGCCCCCAUAUAAAAAAUGUCACUAUCGUAAUUAACACCAGUGACGGUUUUUCUGCAGCGUUCACCAGUUGGGAGUGUAACGUUUGUUGAAAUGUAUUUUAACAUCGACUCUGUUGAUGUCGCCCUUUUAAACAUGGACCCGUUUCAGCAGUGUUCUUCACUCGUUUUCAGAGGGUGAUCACGUUCACAGAUAGGACGUCAUCAGUGUGAGGGCCGCCACACUAUCCUGCCAAGGGAUGUCUUCACGAUUUGUUUUGAAUUGUCGGGGGCCUCACGGCAGGGACCGCAUUAAAGGCCGCCAGUGGCCGCCAGUGGCCCGCGGGCUUUGUAAUGAAGAACACUGCGCUAAGGGGUUUCAUCAUCCAGAUCAGGAAUUCUCUCUUAUCAAGACGCUCAUACAUCGGGCUAAAAUAGUGUCAGAUGGUCAAGGUCUAGUGAGAGAGAUCAAACACGUUAAAGAAGCAUUACGACAUAAUGGCUACAAUAAUACU